AUGAUAUCAAACUUAUUUUAGAAUAAGACAAUUUUAGUUACUGGUGCUGCCAGAGGUAUUGGACAUGCAAUUGCUAGUGCAUUUCAUAAUUAAGGUGCAACGGUUUGGUCAGCUGAUAUAAUUGAUCCAGUUAAUAAAAUUUAAGGCGUAAAUUAUGAAAAAGUUAAUCUUGAAGAUGAAAAUUAAAUUAAGUCUUUGAUGGAUAAGAUUGGUGAAAAGUUGGAUGUCCUCAUAAAUAAUGCAGCUUUCAUUAAAAUGACAGACAUAAGAAAUAUUUAGAUUGAGGAAUUUGAUAAAAUAUUUGCUGUUAAUUUAAGAGCUCCUUUUAUUUUAUCUAAGUUAGCAAUUCCAAAAUUUGAAAAAACUGGAAAGGGAAGCAUAAUAAACAUUUCUUCAACUAGAUCUUUAAUGUCAGAGGCAAACAAUGAAGCAUAUACUUCUACAAAAAGUGGCUUGAAUGGUUUAACACACGCAUUAGCCAAUAGUUUAGGUCCUUUGGUAAGAGUAAAUUCAAUUUGCCCAGGAUGGAUUGAAUGUGGUGAUUAUUAAGCUCUCAGAGAAGAAGACCAUUCUUAGCAUCCAGUAGGGAGAGUAGGAAAACCAGAAGAUAUUGCAAACGCUUGUUUAUUUUUAGCUGAUGAUUCUAAAUCAGGAUUUAUUACAGGAUAAACAUUAGUUAUUGAUGGAGGUAUGACUGUUAAGAUGAUUUAUAAUGAGUGA